AUGAAACGAUCCACAUUUGACCGACAUGCUUACUCUCAGAGCCCGGCAUCGACACGCAAGAUUCAAAAGUUUUAUGUUUCCCUUGUGCUUUUUGAAUUGUUGCCACAUGAACUCAUUUUGCACAUUUUGCGCUAUAUUUCUAGAACAGAUCUCAUCAUACUGGCGAGCACUUCUAAGAGAAUACGGUCAGUAUUGCAACCGUAUUUGUUUGCAAACACGAAGGUAUCGUGGAGAGACCUGAUGAACAAUUGGGAACUAUGUAAAAUGCCCGUGAUAGCAAGAGACCCCUAUGUUAUAGAGAGACUUCGAUUAGUCGAUAGUUGCUCAAAAAAUGAAUGGACUUUCCCAUUUGCAGAACUAUUCUCCAGCAGCAGGCUUCCAAACUUGAAGAGUUUAACGCUUGAAACAGCAGGCUCUAGUAGCUUUUUCAAAUACUCAGCUGUUGGAAGUCGUCUAGAAAAACUCAGCAUUCAUACGGUACGACCAGGUUCGAUAUUCAAUUUGGAGCAUGUCAGUCCGUUUGCAGCCUUAAAACAUUUAACUUUGACAAAUUUCGAAAUCGAAACAUUCGAAGAGAAUGAUUCAUGGUGUCCCAAUUUAAGCACUUUAUCCCUGGAAAAUUGCACAUGGUGUUAUCCAUUUCAGUUAGAGAACUUUGGUCGUGAAAAGAUUACGAGUUUGUUUUUGAAAUAUUCAAAUGCAUUCAUUAUAAGUGAAAGAUUUAAAAUGUUUCUGAAUAAUCCGAAUUUUACGAAAUUGCACCAUAUAUCUAUAACAAAUAACGAAACGAAUCUGAAACUGACAUUAUCAGUUCAUAUCAUGAAUUUAAUUGAAUCAAUACCAACCCUUAAGACUGUAGAGUUGAUUGGCAACAUCUAUAAUGAGACCAUUCAUAAUUUUACAACUUAUGAUUUAGAUAAUUGCACCAAUUAUCUGGCAUUGAAUAACGUGAAAAUUUUCUAUUCUAGCUUUUUACAGGGAAGCUGA